AUGGAGACUUCAAAUUUCGUUAAGCAAUUAUCAUCGAAUAAUAGAAAGACUAGAGAAAAUGCACUUGAGGCGUUAAAGAAAUAUUUAACCGCUAGACAAUUCAAAGAGAACAAACAGCUGCAGUUCAAUAAGCUGUGGAAAGGUCUGUACUACUCCAUGUGGUUUAGUGAUCGUCCUAGACCACAGCAACGUUUGGCCAGUGAAUUAGGUGAGUUGCAUGGAUUGUAUUUUGAUUCCAAGGACAAUAGUAGUGCAGAUGAGUUAACGAUAAAUGACAAAGCGUUCCUCAAGUUCAGUAAGGGUUUCUGGAAGGUUAUGUGUUUCGAGUGGUUCAACAUUGAUAGACAUAGAUUGGACAAGUAUCUGUUAUUGAUAAGAAGAGUGUUGUUCAACCAACUGAAAUAUUUACAGUCGAGAAACUGGGAUGAAAAACUAGUUGAUGAAUACAUUGCCAAGGUACUAAAAGGGUUGCCUUUAAGCGGGAGCUUAAAGGUUUACACAGGGAUCCCAAUCCAUAUCGUUGAUAUUCUAUUGGACGAAUGGGAGAGAUUACUCAAGGACGAAGAAGAAGACGACGAGGAUGAAGAUGAUGAAAAGAAGGAAGAACAACUGCGCAAACUGGCUGAAAGCGCAAAAGAAACACCAUUGAUCAAGGUCAUCGGGAUAUUCCAAGACCUUGUUGCUGAUUACAACACCAGCAAAGUCUUGAGAGAAAAGAUCAAAGAAGACCUAUUCAGCGACGCCAGACUUACUGCCUGGGGCGUUCUCCAUGAGGAAGUGGCCGGGGAAGACGCUGACAGCGAAUCUGAAGAGGAGGAAGCUGAAGAAUGGGAGGGGUUUUAG